GAGCCCUCUCCGAUCAAUUACUGGCCAAUUGAGAAGAGAGAAUCAAGUAGCCGUCAUGUCGCACCCUCCAUACGCUUGGGCCGACUCAUACGGCGGUAUGUACCCGUCGUUGGAACAGUGUCUUGGUGUAGAUGCAUGUGGUAACGAGGCGCGGGACCCCACGGUUUUUCGACAACAGCAGCCAUUCAGGUCAGCGGAAAACGUCAGCGCGACACCAAAGCCGUCCUUCCACCACCACGCCGUCGACCAUAUGGCGCGCCAGCAACCGCCCGGACCACUGCUGUCGUCGUCGGCGUCGGCCUCGAAGGGUCCUGUAUACGCGCCUGCGCCUGCGCCUGCGCCUGCCAUGGCCGCAUCCGACCAAGCAGCGUGUUUUCUCUCGCCAUGCGACAAGCCGGACUGCGAUGAAGCCACAAUUUGCUACGACUAUUCUCUACCGCACUAUGGCGACCUGCACUGCUCCCAGGAUGCUCUCAGUUGUACCGAGGCCUUUGAUUGUGCCGAGACGAAUUGCAAUGCCGCCGAAUGGCUUUGCACGGAUUUGAACUGCCACGAGCCUGGAUGCGAUCAAGAACACGCUCGAGAGUGCACUCCUGCCUGCGCUGCUGCUGCUGCUGCUGCUGCUGUCACCGUCUCCUGUUCGGAUCCGACAUGUAGCGAGGAUCACCUCUAUUGCUGUCUCUCGGAUGUAUGCCCACGUCCUCAUCCUCCGGGUACCGAAUGCCCUCAGCCAUGCCAUGACCAGCAUAUACCGUCGACUGUCUGCCACCCUGGUCCUGCUGUGAAUUGUACACAGCCGUAUGGUUACAAGAUCCCGUCAACAAUCGCUACCGCCAGUCAAGAUACCAUGUCAACGAGCACCAUUAGCACGCCAACGACAGAUUCCAUACCAACGCCAGACAAUUUUCAAUCUCUGAUUGAGGCUGCUUCAUUGAUGCCGCAUCUUGGCUACAGCUUUCCCACCACAAAUGCUUAUCCACCAAGAAAACGCAUGCGUCUCGACGAAUCUAAUUCAUUCCACGAUUUUAAUGCACCCUAUUACGCACCCAAUGACUACUGGCAGCAAGAUCUAACACAAAGUUUCGGAUCAUCACAAUUCCCAUCCGCUAGCCAACCUAUCACCGCCAGCGCCUCACCUGCUAUCAAGACGAAAGUCCGCCAAGACAAGGCUUCAAGAGACCUAGAUGAUAUUGCCAUGUGCAGAUGGAACGACGAACAUACAGGACCAUGCAACCGUGUGUUUGCUACUAUUGAGGACCUUCAUAACCAUGUCAAGGACCAUACAUGCACUCUCAUCCCUUCCAAAACACCCAACCGCACAUUUGUUUGUCGCUGGGAUGGGUGCGAAAAGGAUGCACCCUUUGGUACGAAAAAUCAUCUUGACCGCCAUAUGCAAAACCACACCCGAUUCAAGCCAUUUGCCUGCAACAUCUGUGGUCAUCGUUGCGUAACCCAACAGCAGCUGAACAACCAUCUCACGACACAUUCCCGUGAGAAGAAGUUCAAGUGCGACUUCCCUGGAUGCGGGAAAGUCUUCGGCGUAAAGACAGCUCUAUCAACACAUAAGCGAACCCACACUAACGAGAAGCCUUUCUCGUGCCGCUGGUGUGGUGACAGCUACUCUGAUAGCUCCAAUCUCUCCAAACACCGCAAAACAGUCCACGAGGACGACAAGACCGCGAUUCCGUGCCCCCACCCAGGCUGCGAGUACAGAGACUCUCGCGCUCAACGGCUCGAACGCCACUGUCGUGACACUGGUCACGGUCUUGUUCUGCUCAGUGACGCUCACAAGUGGAGUGAGUAUACUAGGAAAAAGCAAGUCAGAAGUCGCACAGCAAGCGUUGCUCCCAGCAUUGCAUGAGUCGAAGGAGCCCAACCAUCUAACGAGUUAUGAUCAAAAAGUUUCAUUUCUGUUUUUUGUUGUCUGCGUAGAUAAAUUCUUGUGUGUAUAAUUUGAGCAGAGUAACGACAGCAUGUCGAUCAAGGAGGAUUCGAGCAUCA